AUGUCACAAAGAGCGGUAACACGCCAUUUGGUCCUUGACCAGCUGUCCAGAGUCUCACUACUUAGAGGACAAAGUGGAACUGGAGAUCCGUCAACCGCAUUACCCAUCAAGAAUGUCCUUACACACCCUACCAAUCCAACUAGCAAAGAAAACGCCAGUGUAUUCUUCAUCGGAACUGCUACCACAGUUCUUGAAUGGCGUGGUUUCCGCAUUUUGACUGAUCCAAAUUUUCUACAUGCAGGAGAUCAUGUGCAUCUUGGACCAGGAGUAACUUCACAACGAAAGACAAAUCCAGCUGUUGAACUUGAUAAGCUACCUCAAUUAGAUUGUAUUUUACUGUCCCAUUACCAUGAGGAUCAUUUUGAUCGGCUAGUCGAAGAUUCGCUUAAUAGGAACUUCCCUAUCGUUACGACCCCGCAUGCGAAAAGAUGUCUGACCUCUUCAUCUAGGACAGAGCCUUUCAAGUCUGUCUAUGCCCUCGACUUCUUUGAAAGCAUGCUUUUGGAAUGUCGAGAUAGUAUCAAGAGUGAAACAGAAGAGUCACUAAGACCUGCGAUAAAGGUCACCGGCAUGCCAGGAAAACAUGUACCUCCUGGUCCUAUCUCAAAGUUAAACGACAUACUGAAAGCUGUACCACCUACCAAUGGAUGGCUGCUUGAGAUGGGCUGGGAAUCUGUUACAGGGAAUAUUGGCCUCCAUGACAAGCCAGCGUCAGAAUUUAACUCAGGCUACCGCAUAUAUAUAUCUGGGGAUACACUAUUUGUCGACGAGUUACAGGAUAUUCCAAAGUGGCUUGAAGGGAAGCAAAUUGAUCUUAUGCUAAUCCAUCUUGGAGGCACCACCAUUCCGGGUGCCCUCGCUCCGUUGGUAAUGGUGACUAUGGAUGCCAAACAAGGGCUCCAGUUGAUACGUCUUGUCAACCCAGAUAUCACUAUUCCUAUACAUUAUGACGACUAUGAUGUGUUUCUUUCACCAUUAUCAGACUUUACGAAAGAAAUUGAGCAUGCUGGGCUACAGAACCGAGUUGUCUAUCUCAAUAGAGGAGAGCAAUACCAAUUCACUGUACAAUAA